AAGCCUUGUUGGUAGUUCACAUGUUGAAUUAGAUGCUAUAUGGAAGGCGCUUGACGCCGGUUAUUCAUUGACAUUGUAUGUAUCAAACAACGGCUGCUGUAUUAUUCAUGAUGGUGGGGAUGGCGGGCUUCCGUGAUGAUCGGGUAUUAUGAGUACGUUUUGCUGGGCUUCAAGAGGGCAAUACUUUACGGUGCUGCAAUAUUGAGGCUAGGAUAUAUCCAUGUUGACGACAUGCCUACUUCAUUACUCCGUGGUGAUACGCCUUUUUAAUUCACGUGCGAUCAUAUACUGUGGCUACUGCAACGUACCGGUAGUGAUCAUUCAUUCUGAUGAUAAAGAUGGACCCGCGGGAUGCUUCCUUGCUCACUUAUGUCUCUCGUCUUUUGUAUCAUGGGUCAGGCUUGCUUACUACGACUAUUAACUAGUACUGCCUUUCGGCCAGAUCAGUUUCCGGUGCCAUUGUGAACGGUGUUUCGUAUAGUAGUGAUAUUAAUUUCGUUGGUUACUCCGAAACCAAUUCUGCGUCCAAAGCUGCCUUUAAUCUCUUAAUGCUUUUGUGUUGUUAGACGCGAUCACGUGCAGCAGUAGCGUUCUACAAAUUGAAAGUGACUUGGUGAAUGUUCAAGGC